AUUUAAUGAUUUUUUCUAAUCACUCUGACACAGACAGUUUUUACCACAAUUUUUUAUACACAAUUUUUUUAGCAACUACUCGAUAUAGAGUGUCGUUUUCGCCUCAAUUCUCGCGAAGAAAUCGCGACCGUCGUCCUUCAUACAACACAGCAGCCCCAAAUCCUAUACUAAUCAAUCGAAAACUCACUCCAACAUCACUUUAUCGAGUCGAAAUUCCCCGACGGUGAACAAACAGCUUCUUGCGUCGAAGUACUCCGACUCAGAUUUAAGACGACCAUCAUCAGGGGACAGGGCGACUAAAAAACCAAGAGCAACCAGCAGUGGUAGUUUUCUUCAAAAGGGCGCUCGAAUUUUACACAACUAUUCUUCGUUUAUCGGCAAAUCUUGGUAUCAAGGCGGUGAUCCAGACUUAUACUUCAAACAAAGUCUUAGGAAUUACGACGAUCUUGAGUUUGUAACUGUUAGAACUGAAGCUUCCAGCAGGUUAAAUAAAACUUUACUUUCUUUAAAGCCAGAAAGACGUAAAUCUGCAUCUACAGUUGGUAGUGGUGACAAUAAAGAUAAAUUUCGUGGUUCAUUUAAAUCAGCUAGAUCAUCUCGACCCCAAAGUUCUAAAACUAAUCGUACCGAAGAUACUGAUUCUGAAGCCUUUUAUUCUCCUUUAAGUCCUGUAACAUCACAAACCGCCGUCAAUAAAGUAAAAAUGGCUGAAGAUGAAGGAGGCGAAGAAAUGGGUGAUCCUCUCGAAGGAACAGAAGAGUUGGUGAAUCAAGCUGAAGCAGAGUUGGAUGAAAUGGACGAGCAAUUAGCUGAGGAUGAUGUUGAUGUGCCAAAAGAUAUUGAUGAUAAAGGAAUUUUAAGGGAAGUUGCAGAAUGUGAAGCACAAUGUACUGAAAUAUCUGCGAUUUUAGUUGAAUUAAAAAAGAAAGUAACUGCGUUACUUAGUAAACCGGAAAGAAGUCCAGAAGAAGAUGAUGAAUUAGACCGAAAUCAAAAAGAACUCAAUGAUAAAAUGAUGUUGCUCGAACAAAAAACAAAAAAGGUCGAAUACUUGAUGACCUUAUCACGUCAGAAAGCAAAAUACGAUCAACCUCAAACGGAAGACAUACUUCCAAAAGUGAUUUUAUGUGGAAUCGCUGAGAACGCGAUGCCGAAAAUUAUAGUCUGUGAUGAUAAGAAAAAGAAAAAGAGAGCUGGUCUGAUGCAACCAUUGAUGCAAGAACCACCAAUUGAUCAAGAUUGUAUCUGCAAGGACCCAAGAGAGUUAAGUAUUUCUGGUCCUUCUAGGCCAGGUGGAGGUGGGGGAGCUUCAACAGUUUGUACUAAUCGAAUGGAUAUGGGUCAACCAAUGAUGAGAGGUCCGUCAAUGAUGGGACAAGGAAUGAUGGGACAAGGGAUGAUGAGUCAAGGAAUGAUGGGACAACAACCAAUGUUAAAUCCAUUAGGUGGUAUUUGUCCAGGUCCUGGUGUUUGUCCAACAGGUCCACCAGGUGGAAUGCCUGGCCAACAGGGUAUGAUGCAAAAUACUUUCGCUCAACGUCUUUGCGAAAGUUACAAUAUGCAGGAGAAGUUAGCGGCUGAAAACGCAGACUUAGAAGGAAAAAGAUAUCAAUUGCAAUCUGACCUUCUCAGUCAGGAUCAAACGGUGGAGAGUUUACAGCGAAAGUUGUGCAGUUUACAAGCUGAAAUGAGAAUGGUUUUGAAAGAGAACACAAUACUCAACAACAAAUUGGAAAAGGCUCAAGGAAAUGCACCCAGGGAAGGAAAAGGGGACAGCACAAGGCCCACGUCGAGAGGGAAAAAAAUGCCGUGCGGUAAGGGUAAAGGACCAUGUCCUUACGAUCCGAAAAAUCGUGACAUGGAAGCAACACAACAAUUGGAGAAGCAACUUGCUGAAAUGGAAGAUGAAGUUCGUAAAAUGCAGAGUGAAUUACUAUCGGUGCGUCAAGAAAGAAUGCACUUGGAACAACACAGAAGGAUGUUAUGUGCUCCUCCCUGUCCGCCAUGCGGACCGCAACCACCGUGUGGACCACAACCACCAUGUGCACCACCAAAUCCAAAUGCUAUGGCUAAUCCAACAUGUCCAGGACCUUGCAAUCCAAAUAGACCUACUGGUAUAUCUGCUGAUCAACAACUUCGAGAAUUACGAGAACAGUACAAUACGCUACAAGAUGAUUAUAAAGGUAAACUUGUUGAGGUGGCAGGACUUCGAACUGACGUAGAUAAAUUGAAGAAAAGUGCUUCCGAAAACGAAGAGGCCAGAAAGAAUGCAGAAAAGAAACUUAAAGAUGUUGAUAAGGAAUUGAAGGAGUUAAAAGAGGAAUGCAAGAGUAAAAAAAGCGGCAAAGAGGACCAUACAGAGCUUGAACAACAGUUAAGUACGGCAAAGCAAAGAUAUAGAGAAGUUAAAGAUGAAUUGGAAGAAGUUAGAGCACUUGUUGAGGAGCAAAAAACUCAAUUAGAAGAUUAUCGUAACAAGUAUUUGCAAGCCCAACAACAAGUUGAAGAACAACGUCGUCAAAUAGACAUGAUGGAAUUGGAAAAUGGAAGAAUUAGUGAACAGGUUAACUUAGAAAUUCAACGUGUGAAAAAUCAGUUCCAAGAAAAGCUGCAAGAAUUAACACCUUUACCAGACAUUUUGAAAGCAACACAAUUGAAACUACAAGAAGCGCAACAAAUGCAUUUACUCGCUGAAAGAAAUAAUGAAGCUUUAGUACGCGAACUUCAAGCUUAUAGAGAUAAGGCUGCUGCAAUGGCAAAAGAAAUGGAAAUUAGCAAGAGUAUGGCAAGUUUAGGUGACGAAGAAAAGUUAAAUAUGGCAGCUCGCGUUGAAGAGUUACAAGCGAAAUGCAAUGAGUUAACAGAAGAAUGUGAACGUUUAAACGCUGAAACAAUCAGAUUACAAGAAGUGGCAGAUGAAGCUGAAAAAGUUGCACAGGAAAAAAUGCACCAGAUCGCGCAACUUUCGGCUGAAGUAGAUAACGUAAGGGAAGAGGCGGCCCGACAAGUCGCCCGAACGAAGGACCGUUGCGAAACGGUUAGACGUUCUAUGCAAAAUCAGAUUUCGGACAUGGAAAGGCAAUUGGCUCAAAGUAGGGCACAGGCCAGGUCGGCACAGAAAGAUAGGGAUGAGAUCCGGCAGAAGAUGCAGGCUCAAAUCAAUAAUUUAAAUGAAAACUUUGAAGAUGCUCAAAUGAGAAUCAGGAAUUUACAAGGCCACGUCAACUUCCUGAAGAACUCAUACACUAACGUAUUUCCUGCUGAACCAAACAGCGUUGCGGAUAAAAUAGAUCCUUGCACUUGUGGCAAUACAAAAUUUUAAAUUUCUAAACUUUAUCAAUCAUUACUUUCGACGCAACUGUAUUGAACUUAAAUAAAGAUAUUUGGUGUACA